UUCUGACUUGGUGGUCUGCCGGGCCGGCUCCUUCCUGCAGCGGCAAGAUCGAAGCUUCUUAACCGAAGGAGGUCUGUGCUCUCCAAGGCACAGCGACACCGGAGCGGAGAUUACGGGUCCUCUCGCUUUCUUUCUCCUCCGGCGGCGAACAUGGAUGGCUUCUCUCUCUUCAUCUUCUCCAUCCUUCUAUUCGGAGCUUGUGAGAUGGUUAAGUGCUCCGAAAUACCACCGUGGGCUUUCAGAGGAGGGAGCUCCUCGGCGCCUAUUGUGCUGCCACUCGCUCUCUCCUCCUCCAAUCACACGCUCCGAUCUGCCGAGGAGAGCCACCUACGAAGGCGGGGGCUUCGAGACGGAGACCGCUCGACCCACAAUGCCCGUAUGCCGCUCUUCGAUGAUCUACUCACCAACGGGUAUUAUACCACUCGGCUCUACAUUGGGACACCACCACAGGAGUUCGCGCUGAUUGUGGAUUCAGGGAGUACGGUCACUUACGUUCCGUGCUCUACAUGCGUGCAGUGCGGAAAUCACCAGGACCCGAGGUUUCGGCCAGAGCAUUCAAGCACAUAUGAGCCAGUCAAAUGCAAUAUUGAUUGCACUUGUGAUAAAAAGAAAAUGCAGUGUACUUAUGAAAGACAGUAUGCUGAAAUGAGUUCCAGCAGUGGGCUGCUUGCUCAAGAAAUCAUAUCAUUUGGCAAAGAAAGUGAGCUUUUGCCACAACGAGCCAUUUUUGGAUGUGAAAAUUCUGAAUCUGGUGAUUUGUUCAAUCAGAAUGCUGAUGGUAUUAUGGGAUUAGGGCGUGGUCAGUUAAGUAUCAUUGAUCAACUUGUUAAAAAGGGUGCAAUUAGUGACUCAUUUUCGUUAUGUUAUGGUGGUAUGGAUGUUGGGGGUGGCGCAAUGGUUCUUGGUGGAAUACCUCCUCCUCCCGGCAUGGUAUUCUCCCAUUCAGAUCCUGCUCGCAGCCCCUAUUACAAUAUUGAGCUCAAGGAAAUACAUGUGGGUGGGGAGUCUUUGCGCUUAAAUCCUAGGGUCUUUGAUAGCAAGCAUGGUACUGUCUUGGACAGCGGGACAACAUAUGCAUACCUACCACAGGAAGCCUUCAGAGCCUUCAAGGAUGUGCUGGGGAGCAAGCUUGGUUCGCUAAAAAAAGUAGAUGGUCCAGAUCCAACCUACAAAGAUAUUUGUUUUGCUGGUGCUGGAAGAGAUCCAUCGAAGUCUUUCCCAGAGGUUGAUAUGGUAUUUGGAAAUGGGAAAAUGCUGAAACUUGCUCCUGAAAACUACCUUUUCCGGCAUUCCAAGAUUGAUGGGGCAUAUUGCUUGGGAAUAUUUCAGAAUGGAAACGAUCCAACAACACUAUUAGGGGGAAUUAUUGUCCGCAAUACUCUUGUAACAUAUGAUCGCCAUAACCGAAGGAUUGGAUUUUGGAAGACCAACUGUUCUGAUCUGUGGGAUAGAUUGAAUAUUGACAAAAAAGAAACAGAAAAACAGAAACCACCACCAGCACCUACGUCUAAAAACUUAACAAUAGAACUUGCACCUGCUUUAUCUCCUAGUGAAUCAAAAGACAAUUUUCUGCCAGGUCAAAUCCAAAUUGGAAUCAUAACCUUCGAUAUGUACUUAAAUCUGACAUACUCGGCCCUACAACCUCAUUGGAAGGAACUUGAAGAGCUCAUUGCUCAUGACCUAGAUGUUAUGUCAUAUCAGGUUCAUUUAAUGAAGCUCACAAUCAAAGGGAAUGGCACUCUCAUAAAAUUGGCUAUAUUUCCGGCUGACACUUCAGAUUUUAUUUCUAAUACAACUGCUAUGGGUAUAAUUGCUCGCUUAACGGAACACCGGUUUCGUCUUCCUGAAACUUUUGGAAGCUAUGAAGUAGUUCAUUGGAAUUUUGAGCCUCCAUCAAGAAGGUCAUGGCGGCAACGACAUUUAUGGGCGGUGGGUUUGGGUAUUUCAGUUGUUGUGAUGCUCAGUUUCACAACCUUCUUAAUUUGGUAUUUGUGGAGGCAUAAAUCUGCUGCGUUGCAAGCUGCAUACAGGCCUGUGGAUGCUGCUGUUCCUGAACAGGAAAUGCAGCCAUUGUAAAUUGAAGCCGCUUUGCUUUGUCUUGUCAGGUAUAAUCAUUAGUAAAGUGCCAAAAUAAUCUGCUGAAAUACUUAACCGAUGGGUCAUUUUAGUCGGUCUAUAGAAGUGUCAGGUUUGUCUCUAGAUUUUUUAAUAUGAGUUAAAAUAGUCUCAGGGAAGACUAUUUUAACUUUCAUUAAGAAAAUAUGGGGACUAAAUUAAUAGCUUUUAUAAAUUUUGAGACUAAAGUAAACCCCUUUAAAGUUUACCAUUUUGAUAAUUUGUCAUUA